CUGGAAGGGAAAAACAAACAAACGCUUUCUCUGUUCUCUGUUGAAGAAGAUACACACACACGCGCGCACACGCACACGCACACACAGCACACACCUAGACACCGAGCACCUACACACACUUCUUGAGUGACCUGACACCAGUCGAGGAACCCGGUGGGCCUCAACAAGUCAACAACAAAGUGACGACGUGACGACAACCUCAUACGACUGCUGUUGCCAUGACCGUCUUCUCUCUGGCCUUGAUCGUUUUGGUGGCGUCAGCGUCAGGGAUCCUCGACAGCACCUUGGCACUCGACGUCGGCGAAGAGGCUGCCGUGUUGUGCGAUGAGGUGGAGACCACUCUGAAACGCGUCAAAACUACACUGGUUAAGCACAGCGUGCCCUUCAGCACCACCGCGGGCAUUCACAAGCAGUCCCAUGAUGAUGUACAUCUUCACACUGAGAACGGCGCUGCUGUCAACCACACCCAUGUGGGCCCACGGUUGACAGUUGACCUGUCCUCGAUCCAACGCAUGAUGCGCGCUUUUGGGUGCCCAAAGAAGGCUGCACGCAAACUUCAAAGACCCACAAACUUCCCAGGCACAAGACGACACAACCCUCAACCCAAUAUCUUGAGUGACAACAACACCGCACCUAGCUCCCUUCCCAGGCGGUUCUCUCGCAUGCGACGAAACAGUGACCCAAACGUGCAGCAAGGCCAGUGCACGCUGGCAAGUCUCAUUGAUGGCUCUUGUCCAGGCACAAGGCGGGGUGGACUCACCAUCACACUGUUCAAGGAUGACCUUGUGAACGGAAGUGCUGAUACAAGCACGCUUCGCACGCUUUCUCCCGCUGUGUUUCGACUCACACUAAAUGGCCAUGUCCAGCAGCCCCUGCUCCAAUGGCUGCUUCAAAACGGCGUGUGGACAACUUGUCGCUUUCUAACUGUCGAGGGCGCGCAGUUUCCUACAUUCCCGUUGAGCGACCUCAACCCACUCAGCGAUAUUCGCAGUAUCCGAAUUCGCCACAGCGAUGUUCUGCGGGGAGUAGAUUCAAGCGGGUUCAACCACGCGAAGACCCUCACCGCACUCCGCAUCAUCAACUGCUCCCUUUCAUUCGUCCCUGAUGUUGCUGGCAUGACGUCACUGAGGACCCUGAGCUUGCGCGACAACCGUAUCCGUCAAGUCACUGCGGAACACUUGAACGGGUUGUCAUCGCUGCGAGAGCUGUCAUUGGACACUAACCUCAUUGCUCGAGUCCAAGCAGUGUCGUUCGGUGACCUGACAGCACUGCGAAGGCUGACCAUCUUCUCAAAUGACAUUAGCGCCAUCCCCCCAGGCCUGUUUCACCCACUCACAGCCCUCACGCGACUUGAGCUGCAGCGCAAUCCCAUCCGACAGCUGGACGCCGAUGUGUUCGCUGCACUUUCGACGCUUGACAACCUCAUCCUCGAAAGCACACUGCUCACGAGUUUGCCGCCAACUGUAUUUCGAAACACCACUCGCUUAACUGUCCUUGGCUUGGCAAACAACUUCCUCACAUCCCUUCCCGAGACCGUGUUCGCCGGUCUCUCGUCCCUGGAACACCUGCAAGUCUUCAACAACCGACUAACGUCGCUAGCAUCAGACGUGUUCCAAGACUUGACGGUGCUAACAGCCCUGUUCAUUGACAAGAACGAGCUGCGUUCAUUGCCACGUGGCCUCCUUCAGUCCAACACGCGCCUGCGUACUUUCUUCUGCAACGACAACCGUCUGACUGCGCUUCCAAGCAGCCUGUUCGCCAACACGUCUGCGCUGAACCAGGCAUCUUUGGCGACGAAUGCUCUUCGAUCCAUUGAUGCCGUCAUCGAAGCGGCGUCCUUUUCCUCUCUGAGCUUCCUCGAUGUGCAUGACAAUCAAUUGACGCGUGUACAUCUACCCAGGGCUCUGCCUGCCCUGCGUGAAUUGGCCUUCAAUGACAAUCCAGUUCGAGAACUGCCGAACCUCGACAUGCUGCCUGAGUUGAGGGUUUUUCGAUUGCAACACCACCUGGUAAGACGCAUCGACCUGGCAGCUUUCCUGGCGCUGCCCCACUUGGAAGUGCUUGAACUUGACGCUGCCCCUGAGGCCGAGUCCAAGGCAGUAUUGUCAGACUCCAGCGCGGAUCGCAUUGCACCUUUGGCAAAGCUGAGCGUGGAGAAUGUGGACAUCAGCGCCAUCGUUUCGUCACUUGGGCAAUUGGCAUCGCUUAACCUAAGUGCACUGCACGCGGGCUGGCCCGGCGCCACCAGCGACACGCUCCCCAUAAGUGCCCUUUGCAGCAUGCUUGCAAGCACCGUACAAGAACUCCGCAUCGCCAACACGCAUCACAGCGGGAUUGACCUGUGCCCUGACAAGGCAUUUGACGUGCUUCUUCUCACGGACAACAGGCGUCUUGAAUCCAUUACCGUUCACGACCCACUGCGUGAGCUCAACGUGUCCGGCUGCACCCAGCUUACUUCCAUUGAUGCCCCUCCCAUUGACAUCCUCGACAUCAGCAGCACCAACUUGCCGCUCACGGGUGCACUGUGCACGCGGUGGGGGCGACGUGUUCUCUUCGCUCGCAACUUGGGCGGAGUCGUCGACAUUCGCCGCGCUGCAGCAAUUGCACACAAAUGCCUUGAGCAAGUGGACGUGCUGGAUCUCUCAGGCAACUCAUGGCUUCGUCAUCAAGCAGAGAUUAAUCGCGUUGUGGAGACGAAGAUUGUCUUGUCACAUGACAUGUUCUUGAGCGCUGACUUUGGUGAGAUUGCCAAUCGCCCAAUUCCUCCGAUUUUCCAGCUGACUGACGCGCCCAUUGAAUGUGAGCUUGAGCUGUCAAACCAGAACCUGAGAUUACACACUGAUCGCUCUGUGCUGACGCCUCAAAUCGUGUACGCAUUCCACUGCACGUGCGCCCGCGGCUUCAAGUUGACGUCUAACGGGCGCUGCGUUGAACGCAGUGAUGAUAUUGCUGGUGUUGCUGCUGGUUCUGUGAUUGGUGGGCUGUUCUUUGGCCUGUUUGUGGCGUGGCUGUCACGCCGCUAUCGGGGCCUCACCAAGCGCAUUGGCCUGCAGGAGCAGCUGCUGGUGGAGAUGGAUGAGGAGGUCACAGCGUUGAAGAAGGCGUGGGAGAUUGGGUUUGGUGAGCUGAGGCUUGUUGAGCGUGUGGCUGCAGGUGCGUUUGGCGUGGUGUUCAAGGCGGAGUGGGACACGGUGAUGGUGGCAGUCAAAGUACUGCAGCAAAGUGUGAUGAUGUUUGACGAGAGCACGGUGCUUGAGUUUGAGAAGGAGGUGGAGUUUUUGCAGCGGACACGGCACCCCAACGUGGUGCGGUUCUUUGGUGCGGGCACAGAUCCCAGCGGCAGCCCGUUCCUGGUGCUGGAGUUUGUGGCGAUGGGGUCACUCAAGGACCUGCUGGGGAAGGAUAUGGAACAGGUGUUGAUGGAAGUGAAGCGGGAUGUUGUUGGCUGCACAGAUGCAGGUGUGGUCGCGGAGGAUGUGGAUGAGGAAUUGACGUUGAUCAGCACGGAAAGUGACCGAAGAGCAGAGACGAUGACUAUAUGGGAGUUGAAGCUGCGUCUGCUACGAGAUAUUGCCAGUGGGAUGGCCUUUAUCCACAGCCUCGAUCAGAUGCAUCGAGACCUGAAGAGCGGCAACGUGCUGGUUUCGUCGUCCCUUCGCGCCAAGAUUACGGAUUUCGGAUCCAUUCGCCAGUGCUUCACGCGUGGCGGUGGAGGUGGCAGAGCCCAUGGUAGCGGCCACACUCGCCUCUCCUCCUCCAGCCAUGAUGUUGAUGAUCCGCAAUACAGCCAGCAAGCUGGGCUGCAGACAAUGACGAGCAUGACGCUGACGGCUGGCGUGGGCACGCCGCUGUACAUGGCACCAGAGGCAUUGACGGGCGACAAGUACAGCUUCGAGGCCGACAUCUUCAGCUUUGGCGUGCUGAUGUGGGAGGUGGCGACGCAGCGACCACCGGAUCUGAUCGAGCAGGAGAAGGGGAGUGACUUCAGGGGAUCACUGCUUCCUGCAAUCACAGAGCUCUUGAUGGAGGGCAAGCGGCUCAAGUUCGAAGACAGCGAGCAAGAAGCCAUCCCCGAGUGGUUCCAGUCGCUGACGUACAAGUGCAUGGCGCAGAACCCGCGUGAGCGCCCGUCGUUUGGAGAAUUGAAGGAUCACCACUUUGCUUAAUUACAGCCUCCUCUCUUCCUCUGUGUUCUGUUGUGUUGUCUUGUUGUCGUUUGUCCUUUUGUCUGUUUGUGCUUGCUGCCCAUGUCGUUGGUGAUCACUUUGACCAGGUGACAAGUGUAUUUGGGGCGAUGUUCAACUCAGGAAGGAGAGUGCGCGCGAGAAGGAAGGCAAGAGACGGAGAGAGGAAGGCGAAGGCCUGCUUCAUGCUUUCAUGUCACAUCAUCAAGAUCAAUCACACGUCACACAGCUCAA